AUGGCCCCUUCGACUCAAAGCACCCGUAGGGCCCAGGCUCUGGACGAUCUCAUCAUGGCAACAAACAGCAGUUCCAUCGUCUCAAAACGAAGCGUUGAACGCCUUUACUACCCUGAUGAGCCUCAUUACUUUCGAUUUUUCGUCAAGAAAUUCCAGCGAAGGGCUCCUCUCAUCAACAGAGGCUAUCAUCUUCGACUCAAGGUCAUUGACACUCUGGUCCGCCGGUUUCUCGAAAAGCCUUCAAACCUGAAGAAAGUUGUUGUCAAUCUGGGCUGUGGAAGCGACGUUUUGCCAUGGCAGUGUGAAGUGCGAUACCCGGGGGCAUGCCGUAACGUCGCUUUCAUUGAUGUGGAUUACCCUGAUCUCAUUCAGAAAAAGCGUCGCAUCGUUCUCGAGACCCCGGAGUUGCAAAGCAUCCUGGGGACUUGGGAGGUUAACGAUGACUCUCCUCUAGUCCUCAGGAGUCGAAAGUACUGCCAGAUAGGCUGCGAUCUCCGACAACUCUCGACGCUCGAAAAAUGCCUAUCUGAAUUAUUCGAUAUAUCCAAUACCGAGUUCUUCUUUGUGGCCGAGGUGUCUAUCACAUACAUGGACACUGAUGGUGCCGAUGGUGUCAUCAAAUGGGCAGGUGCUCUCCAGAAUGCCGAAUUUUGCUUGUUGGAACAGAUUCUACCAGAUGGGCCUAAUCACCCAUUCGCCAACACAAUGCUCAAGCACUUUAACAAAUUAAACACACCGCUAAAAUCCGUCCAUCGCUACCCAUGUGUGGCCACCCAGGAAGCUCGCUUUAAGACAUUGGGCUGGACCGAAGUCGAGAGUUGGACUCUCUGGGAGACUUGGGCCGACGACCUGUUUAUGAAAGCUGCCGAGAGACAGGCUCUAGAUGCCGUUGAACCCUUUGACGAAUGGGAAGAAUUCGCCCUCUUUGCCAGCCACUACUUUGUUAUACAUGCAGCUACCCUAAGCCAAGAGGGCGACAGGCAUCUCUCUCGGAAUGUCAAAGGGUUCAAUAUUCCUCCGUGCCAAACUUCCAUGACCUUUUCCGAGUACAAGUCCGGCAAGGGACAUCGACGAUUCGGCGCUGCCAUGCAUGUGGAGAAUCCCGACGGACGGACUUUUAUCUCACAUGGCUUAGGACAAGGGCCAAACGGAAGGCUCAGUUCCGAGGAUCUGUACCAGUUAUCUGAUCAGUGCCAGCGCCCACUUGUCAGCCCAUCUCUCAAGGGACCAUCAGGAAGAGUUUGUCAUACACUUACAGAUCUGGGAAGCGCCGGGGUCCUACUCGUUGGAGGGCGUGCAUCUCCGUCGACAGCUUUUAAAGAUUGUUGGUUGUACAGAAAGGCCUUCAAUACCUGGGAGCGCGUACAUGACCUUCCUGUGUCUCUUUUCAGGCAUUCGGUGACUCGUCUAGGAAACUCGUCACUUGCUUUGCUCUCUGGAGGCCGACUCAAUCACUUCCAGACGUCUGCGGACUAUUUCCUCUACAACCCUGCCAAAGGCUGGACAAAAUGCAAAGUGCGAUCUGCCCCACCUUCGCUUUAUGGUGCCAUCUUUACUUGUACACUAAAUGGCAGAGUUGCACCCUUCAGAGGCCUUCUUGCUGGAGGUUUACUGGAAGACGGAAUCGUAAACAACAGCACGUACGCAUGGACAUUGGAGAUCGCUGAUUCCGAGCCCUGGAUAUCGUUCGAGUGCGUAAACAAACAGGUUGACCAAUACGAGACAGAUCUGCUGUCUAGAUUUGGUUCUACGGUUACACAUUCCAAUGGUUACACGCUCCUUCUUGGUGGGGUCGUCAAAGACGUGCAAUUGCCCGCAACAUAUGAUAUUCUUGUUCUUAAAGCGACGCAUGCCAAAUUUGAGGUCGUGGCAAAGAUCGACGGCAGAGUCGGUUCUGAAGUGGUGCGUCCCUUUCUAAUCGGAUCCUCUGUUGUUUCCCACAACGACGGAGAAUUUGCCAUUGUUGGUGGAGGCGCUACCUGCUUCUCAAUGGGAACCUGCUGGGCGCCAGGAAGUUACAGCUUCGCUCUCGACGCAGACCAAUUAUCCGGGCAGUGUGUGGCACGAAUUUCACACCCUGAAAAUGCACCGGUGAAGUAUUUGGAAACGGUUGAGAUUGCAACGACCGAUACCGAAGCUAGAACAGAAAAGUCUGCAGCUAUUGCACCUGAGCUCGUCCCGCGUAUUAAGGCGGUAUCCAAAGAGCAGUUUCGUUCGAUCUUGGAUAUGGGCAAACCUAUCAUCAUUGAAGACUCCGGGAUUGGACCUUGCACAUCCACGUGGUCUCCUGAAUAUCUUGUCGACAGGGUGGGCGCAGAUCGAGAGAUCUCAGUACACGAAUCUUUGACGGAGAGUAUGGAUUUUAACACCAAAAAUUUUCGUUAUGUCACCAAAAGAUUCGGCGACUUCAUCAAGGAGGUUCAAGAGGGGAAGCGGCUAUAUCUAAGGGCCUUGUCUAAAGAUGAACCGUCAAACCUCCCGACCCAAUUGAAGCAUGACUAUCCAUCAUUGACUGAAGAUUUUGUCUUGCCUUCCCAACUCGGCUACGUUAAUGACAACGCCUUCAGCUCUGUCUUGCGCAUCUCUGGCCCUGUGAACAUGUGGUUGCAUUACGAUGUCAUGGCCAAUGUCUACGUGCAGAUUAGGGGAUCGAAACGGCUCAUAUUAUUCCAUCCGUCAGAUGUGUCUCAUUUGGCGUUCGCCCCAGGGGCAUCCAGCUCUAGCAUCGAUGUAUUCGCUUCACUCGAAUCGGGCUCAUUGCAAAACAUUCAACGACACGAGGCUAUUUUGCAACCAGGCGAUAUUCUCUUCCUUCCACCUCUCUGGAUGCAUACUGCCGCCCCUUUGUCGGACAUGAGUGUCGCCGUUAACAUCUUCUUCCGCAACCUAGAAAAAGGUUAUGCAGCAGGGAAAGAUAUCUACGGCAACCGUGACUUGGCUGCAUACGAAAGGGGACGUCAAGACGUUGCACGCAUCAGUAACAACUUUAGUAGUCUUCCUCAGGAUGCUAGAGAGUUCUAUAUUCGACGGCUGGCAGAUGAAUUAUUGCGAUUGAGCACCAGUUUGUAG